UAUCAUGUGAAUUGGUGAUGCUGUGCAUUCAUGACACCUGCUUGGUCCUGCAUUUUGACAGGGAUCUCAGGCAGUUUGAAUUUUGAUGAGGACACAGAAGAGGAGGAAGAAGCUGGAAAGAGGUCAGGAUCUCAUUCUCCGUAUUCUGAAUCUGAGAGGCCUAGUUCUGCAGCCAGCCAGAAAUCUGCGACAGUCUUCCCACAGGAAAGAGGUGCUUCCUGCACUGCUUCCCCAGAGACAGAUGCUCAGCUGGGAGAAGUGGAGAACUUGGAGGAGUUUGCAUUACGCCCUGCUCCCCGUGGCAUUACAGUGAAGUGUCGAAUCACUAGAGAUAAGAAAGGAAUGGACCGAGGUCUCUUCCCCACUUACUACAUGCACCUUGAAAGGGAUGACAACAGAAAGACCUUCCUUCUUGCAGGGAGAAAACGGAAAAAGAGCAAAACAUCCAAUUAUCUCAUUUCAAUUGACCCAACAGAUUUAUCCCGGGAAGGGGAAAGUUUCAUUGGAAAACUCAGGUGAGAGCCACAGAUAAAAGCUGUUGAGAUGUGUAAAGUUUUUAUGUUUGUGUACUGCAAGAGAAGUUGGAGGAAUGUGACCUCAUUUUUUAAUUCAUUCUGGCUAUCACUUUGGUACCAGUAUCUGUUUCAGACAGAUAACUGUUGCCAUUUAUUUGAGGAGUCCUGGUUUAAUUUUUUUUCUAGUUCAGGUUUUGGGCUCAGCAUAAGAGAGACU